CGAAAUGCAAUGGGCUAUGGAAGAAAAUACGAGGCUGCGAAUAGCGACGCCUCUUUUUUUUAAGUGGAACGCCACCUAACCCCUUCUCUCUAAAAGUCUACGGGUUUAGUAGUAACCUUUCGUUUCUUGUAACCUCAGAAGUGAUGAAAAUUUUUCUCACAAUGAAAAGAAGCUGAGCAAGCACGCCCAACGCGGCGGCGAUGGGUCCCUCCAUACUCUCCAUCCCACACUUCAUUCUAAUGGAGAUUCUGAGCAAACUGCCCAUGACAACAAUCUGCAAUUGCAGGUGCGUAUGUUCAUAUUUCCGCAACUUGAUCUCAGACCCUCAAUUUGCUCAACUCCACCUCUCCAGAUCACAGCCCACCCUCUUGCUUCGUUCCUACAAUAUGAGGGAAUCUUCCCUGUGCUUAGUAGAAUCAAUUGAUCCCUGCGUUGUGGAUAGUGGCAUAAACGGCAAUAUUCGUGUACCCGAUAAAGCCCUUUUGAAGUUCAAACCUAAUUGUGAUUUACCCAUUAAGGGAUUAGAGGUUUUGAGUUCUUGCAAUGGCAUAAUUUGCCUCUACAAGCCUAGGAGUUAUGACCCAUAUGUUAUAUGCAAUCCUGUUGUUGACGAGUAUGUGACUGUGCCCCAAGUAGAAAAGGGUUCUAUAUGCGGUUCUGGGUUUGGAUUCUGCUCAGGGACUAAUUGAUACAAAGUGUUGCGGUUCUUAUCUUUGAGUGUAGGGUUUGGGUCACCGGGACUAAUCAAGUUGGAGGCUGAAAUCAACACCGUAGGGACUAAUUUGUGGAGGGGAGUUGGAGAUGCUCCGCUUUAUCUGCAUUUGUAUUCUGGCGGUUGCUUUUUGAAUGGGGGCUCUUCAUUGGAUUGUCCACGACACCGAAAAUUGUUUCGAAUCGAUGUGUUGUUUCAACUUUGGGAAGGAGCGAUUCCAGCCAUUUCCGGGGCCAUCUCAAUUUCGUGGACUUCCUGGACAGCUUCAGGUGGAAAUGAUGAAAAUGGUGGUGUUGAAGGAUGGUCUGUCAGUAUCUCAUCAUCCUGCUAACGAUAUGCUUGAAAUAUGGGUGAUGAUUAUGCGGUGCAGGACUCUUGGACAAAAGAUUUUGUCAUUGAAAUCCCAUUUUUAGAUCUUUACCCUGGCCUUCUUUAACAACCGUUAAUGGUUCUGAACAACGGGGAAAUCUUCAUGGUAUUUGUCUCCAUUCUGUUUUCUUGUAAUAUGAGGGACGGAAGUAUCAGAAAGGUCAGGGUCAGCAGAAUUUCAUCUGUCAUUAUUGGAGCAACGACAUACAUUCCAAGCUUUAUUUCACUAAGGAAUGCUGGCACAGGGAGAUACCCUUAAGUUAAGGUACUCGUGCGUUCUGUUGAAUUUGUGUAGUCUUGGCAAUUUCUUAAUCAAUCCAUCAUAUGACAAUGCAAAACGUUAUUUUC